GCACCACCUGGGGGAGCAGAUGCAGUUCUAAAUGAAGAAGCUUUGCCAGAUGUUUUGGCUGAGAAUAGGCACAUACUUAUUAGGGGCGAAAAUACAUCAAAAAUUCUGAGAAUGAGAUCAGUUUUGCUUAAAGCUUUUAGAGACCAUUACUAUGACAGGGGUUACUGUGAAGUUACUCCUCCCUCAAUAGUGCAAACAAUGUGUGAAGGAGGUUCAACAUUGUUUAAGUUAGAUUAUUUUGGGGAAGAAGCUUAUCUCACUCAAAGUUCACAGCUUUAUCUUGAAACCUGUCUACCUUCCAUGGGUGAUGUUUAUUGUAUUGCAGAAAGUUUUAGAGCCGAACAGAGCAGAACCAGAAGACAUUUAGCAGAAUAUUCUCAUGUAGAAGCAGAGUGCCCCUUUAUAACGUUCAAUGAUCUUCUGGAUCGUUUAGAGGAUUUAAUUUGUGAUGUUGUAGAUAGGGUUCUAAAGUCUCCCUUGGGGGAAGUUGUGUAUGAACUUAAUCCAAAUUUCCAGGUUCCUACUCGACCGUUCCUUAGAAUGGAUUAUUCAGAAGCAAUAGUGUAUCUAAAAAAAAACAACAUAACUAAAGACGACGGAAGCUUUUAUGAAUUCGGCGAGGACAUACCAGAAAUGCCUGAACGUAAAAUGACCGACCAAAUAAAUCGACCCAUCAUGCUUUGUCGGUUUCCUGCAGAAAUAAAGUCCUUUUAUAUGCAAAAAUGUCCUGAGAACCCAAAGUUGACCGAAAGUGUAGAUGUUCUUCUACCAAACGUUGGUGAAAUUGUUGGUGGUUCAAUGAGGAUGUGGAACUUAGAAGAACUUAUGGAAGCGUAUAAAAAGGAAGGGAUUGACCCUGCCCCAUACUAUUGGUACACAGAUCAGCGAAAAUACGGAACAUGUCCUCAUGGUGGUUAUGGACUUGGGUUGGAAAGAUUUGUCUGUUGGCUACUCAACAGAUACCAUAUAAGAGAAGUCUGUUUGUACCCAAGAUAUCUGAACCAUUGUAAACCUUAACUAGUGGAACUGUUUUCUGGGAUUUAACGUUGCAUUUAAUAUACUUUUAAUAUGCAUAUGUGCUUUAAAAUAUUGUAAUUUUGUUAAUUUAUGUUGUGGCAUGUAUUGAUAAAUGAUAUUACAGACA